CGGCGUUCAGCAAGACACGUGAAGUCACAGUAAGGAGACGGGGGGCAGCGGGCGAGCCAGCCGGCACGUAGUGCGCGUCCGAGAAGAGCGGCUGUAACCUCAUGGAACUGCUAAAGUGUGGUUGGCUUUACAAACAGACUCACAGCGUCGUGCGUUCGUGGCAGAAGCGCUGGUUCGCUCUGACGGAGAACGGUCGUCUGGUCUACUUCAAGUCGAAGUCGUCUCGCGCCCAACCGCGCGGCGUCUACUACUUGAGCGAAUGCGAUUUGGUGUGCGAGCGAGGCACGCUGUACGGACGUCAGGGACACUGGCCGAGCGGCGUCGACCAUCGACGAUGUCUGGCGCUCGUGAUGCGCGAUCAGGUCGUCUGUUUUUAUACUCAGACGAAGGAUGAGUGCUGGUCCUGGGUGAAAGCCAUGGAGAAAUCCAGACAAGAGUGUCCGUCUCCGCCGAGCGAACGAGCCUCAUCGAGAAGUCCUCAGUCUCUGACGAACGGUGGCAAUGGUGCUGGGGUUUCGAUCUUUACGUUUGAAGAUAUGGCGGCUUGCGGAGAAACAGGAAAGGGCAGCAAGCCCGUCUCGUCGACCUCAAUUUGGAACGAAGUGAGAGACCGAGCUCCAUCACUAGGAGAACUCCCUCAUCACGUGAACAUCAACAUCCAACAAUCGAUGCUGACUCUACAGCAAGCACUCGGUAAUAUCAACGCUUCGGUGGGCAAACCGUUCUCUUUCCUAUGCAACUUUGGCAAGAUCUACCACGGCAUUCCACCAACAGUCGAAGACAGAGAGAAGCUCGGAAGUGUUGUGUAUGGAAAGUAUCUCUCCGCGUUGAGCAGUCAGUUGGUCAAGUAUCUGAGAGACGAUGAGGCACGGAAAUCGUUUCUCGAUCUCGUGUUUAAACAGCAGAUCGUGUUUCGCCUCGGUCAGUCUCCAUUCGUACUGCCUUGUGCACCGGACGCGAGUGUCUGGGUGCACGACGGCAUCCUCUACAUUGCCGUUCCGUGCUUUCACUUUGGUAAGAAACCAUUUAUGCCGCGCGUCGAUUCAAUCCCUGUCGUCGGCAUCGACAACAUGCCGGAGAGCGGGAUGGCCGAUCUGUUGCCUGAUUCGUGGCAGGACAUGUGGGAUGCUGGUGAGAUUGACAAUUUGCCGUCCCGUAUCAGGGAGGAGAUCUACGAUUCAGCGCAUCUCCUUGAAGGUUCGCUCGAGGCGAUCAGCUGUGCCGUUCGGCAGCCGUUUCGAUUCGAGUGCAAGUUUGACGUGCUGUACACCCGUCUAUCUCAGGAAUCACAGCAUCGUUGUGAUCUCGGAUCGGUCGUCUAUGGCGAAUACCUCCUACCCUUGAGUAUAGCUAUUACGAAGCAUUGCAAAGAUGCUAAGAGUCGAGACGAAUUCAUCUCCACCGUCUACAAUCAUCGAAUCGUCUUCGUACUUCAGUCAUGUCAAGAAGUCUUGUUGCCUCUUUCCGAUCACAGCCACUCGCAGACGGAAAACACUCACCUGCUGUUUCAGUCCGGCACAUUGUAUUUGAUGGUCGCCGACGGUCGAUUCGGUGACGAACAAUUCCAACCCGAUCUCACGUUGCUCGGUGUGCAGGAAGAACAGGAUACAUUACCGUCGCUCAACCUGAAGUUGUCCUGCCCGUACGUGUCGUCGAGACGUCUACCGUUGGACGUACGUCGCGACAUUCGCGACGCGUCGACGUUCCUUCACAGCUCCCUGCAGAGACUCGCGUCGGUGACCGGCAAAGAGUUUGUGUUUGAGUGUAACUUUGAUGACGUCUUUAUGGCGACCGAGGCGAGUCCUCGUAACAGAUUCAUUCUCGGAUCAACCGUGUAUGCCAACUACUUGACGCACGCGUCCAAAAGCAUUAGUGAUUAUAUCUGCAAGGAUCCGGUCGAUCGAAGACGAGAGUUUCUCGAGAUGGUCCAUCGGCAGCAGAUUGUCUUCUCGUGUUGCACGUCGCAGUCGCUGAUCGAUCUCGGUGUGCGAGAGGCAGAUGACCGCAAGGAGUGCGAUGACAUGGACAAGAGUCGGUCGGCGAUUGCGUUUACGCAUCGCGGCGUGUUGCACAUUGCGUGUCUCGGCGACCGUUUUGGUGACGAGGUGUUUAGUCUGGAUGUGAGCAAGUUGAAGUCAGUACCGGACGAUGAAGAGCUAAGCUUUCCAAUUGAUGAGCUCUCGUUCAGUUGUGUGAGCAAUUGGAGUAGUCAAGUUCUAUCGAUGAGAUCGCGACCGAUGAGUGGGACGUUGUCUCGAGCGAGUUCGGGUUGCAGCACGCUCGCCAGCUUUGCGGACAUGUAGUCUGUAUACAUUGUGUAUACUGUGUAUAUAUAGUCAAUCUCUGACACACAUGGGCAUGCCUACAUGCUGUUCAAGCUUUUAAAAUAUUGAUUUUUAGCUUAUUUUGGCUACUGUACUAGUUUUUCAGACGGUCAUUUUUGAUUGUAUAGUAUGUAAGAGAUACGAUGGCACAUA